GUGGAUUGUUCCUAACCAGGGAAAUUCCUCCGAACCCUACCUCAUUGAAGAAGAGAAGCAAAAAAGUUACAAUAUCAGGCACAUCACAGUGGCUAAAAUGAGAGGAGAAAACAGAAAUACGGCACAACUCUCCCUUUCAGUGAAUUGCACAUUGAGGACACGGUGUUGUUCAAAUUAAAUUCUGAAGCUAUUGAACAAGGAUAGGUAAGGACUUCGACUACAUAUGGACAUACGUACUACAUAGAUAAGCGUGGUAUUGUUGUAUUUUUAUUUCUUUUAUGUGGUUUCUUGUGGGUCUACUUUUUGCUUAUUACAAGAGACUAAGAGAGGCCUAACUUUUUAAAUGGUUUGUCUUGAUGUGAUUAUCCUUGCUUGCACAUUUCUUGUUUAUUGUAUAGUGAAUUUGUAAUGCCAAGGAAUCUUUUUUGAUUUUUUCUCCUACCAUUCAAACAUUGUUUCUUUCUAAACACAGAAAACUCUGGUCAGUUUAAUGUUCCUCUUACAAUGUGGCGGUGCCUCUUUGUAGUUGGGAUUUGUGAUUUCUCAAUGAGAAUAGGGUAUAUAGUGCAUAUUUGGUCAUAAUUGCAUGUGAUUUGAUCACCUUGACAUUUUUUUUGCAUCCCAAUCUCUAGAGAUACUCUUGGUUGCAAGAAUGGAGCCCGGGAAAAAGCCAGGGAAACUUCUUUCUUCUGCAAACAGUAUUCUUUACAUGGAUCUUAAGGAUAUCAUCAGAGAACAUGCCCUGCCUUUCCUUCCAGCUAUAUCACUACUCAGAUUCCGGGCGGUUUGUCGAGACUGGAAGCUCCAUAUUUCGGCGCCAUUUUUUCACCAUACUCAGUCACUCUGUUGCCGUGCAAUAUCAGGUCUAUUCUGUCAGACUCCUGAAAAUCCUCCUGUCUUCAUACCUAUCCACCUAAACUGUUCGGGUGUUCCAGACCCAUCCCUGAGUUUUCUGCCGGAGCCUGUUGACCUUAAGGCCUCAUCAAAUGGACUUCUUUGUUGCCAAGGACGAAGCGGAAAUAAGCCCUACUACAUGUGCAAUCCAGCUACAAAACAAUGGCACAAACUUCCAGAACCAACUGCUUGUCAUGGACCUGAUUCAGCACUUGUAGUUGCAUUUGAACCAUCACUGCUCAACUUUGUACCUGAGUACAAGCUCAUCUGUGCCUUCCGAUCUGCAGAUUUUGAUGAUGCAGCCGAGUUUGAAAUAUACACCUCCAGAAACAACUCGUGGAGUGUUUCUGGGGAGAUUCGUUUUGGAGUUAAACGAUUUACCCCUAGGUCUGGGAUUCAUGUCAAUGGGGUUGUUUACUGGAACAUGGCUGGUGGUGGCAUUCUUUCUUUUGAUCUAGCAAAAGACAGGUCACAACUUCUUGAAAAGCAUUAUUACAGUAAUGACUGUGCUCUGGGAACAUUUGAUGGAAAGCUAUGUAAGACUUCUCUCCGUGGACUUUCGGUGUGUAUUAGUGCUUUGGUUAAUGUGCACACAAAUACCAUGGAAAUGAAUUCCAUAACAAAAAUGUGGGAGCCUGUACAGAAUGUUUCUCUCCAAAGCAAUGUGCUUGAUGGGGAUCAUAACCGCUGCAAAAUUGAAAUUCUAAGCAGUGAUGUUCUGGUCAUUAAGUGUGGGAGAAAGUUGUAUUCCUAUGAUUUCAAGUCCAAAGAAACUAAAGCUCUGAACCAGCCAGGUGCAGAAACAUAUGAUGCUACUAUAUGUGUGCCAUACGUGAAUAGCCUCGCGUCACUUUGAUCCUUCUUGAAGUUAAUACCAAUGUAGUUUCCUGUGACUGAAGGUGCUGGUUUGAAUAUAACAUUCAUAAGUCGAGACUCGUGUAAUGUUCUUCUAUCCAUGUGCUAUUUCUUACUUAUCCGGUAUGUGUUGCAUAGUCUGUUAGCUUUUGAUCCCGUGAAAGGCUUUUUAUGCCCAUCUCAUACUGCUUGUUAAAAGUUGUCGGUUUUGCUGACAGCUUUUUAGGUAUUGUUUCUGUAGGGUAGUCAAUUAAGUUUGAAUGCUUCUUGUGUAUUACGAAAUAGUACUUUUCUACCGCUUGUUUUGGUCAUUUGGUGCCUCAUUUUUUAUACUGUGUCAUCUGCCAACGUUGCUUUUUUUUUUUUAAUACCAAAUGCGGGUGGGUGUGCUGUGUGCA